AUGAACGGCUUUGUGUGCGACUGGGAGGAAGGCGAGAGGAUGGCAGCAACAAGUCCUGCGCGCAAGCGGGCUGCAAGUCCUCGCCGCGGUGCCGCCGCCUUGGGCUCUGCCCGCCCCCUCGACUAAGGGCGUGGCCAGGAGAGCGGCGCUGUGCUGGUGGCGCGAGAGAAACUUGGCACAGUCGCGUCCGGUGGGCUCCAGUGACCUCAGCUCAGCCAUGCAGGACUGCACACUCCUGAUUGGAUGACCAGCAUGUUUCUAGCAGCUGAAGCAUCUCGGCCUGCGCUGUUGUUCUGGUCUCAAGCCCUCUUCUGCCUCCUCUUCUGUGCCCCUUCCGGUUGUUGUACCUCCUGCCCAGACCAGUGCCAGUGCACCAACUACUCAGGAGCCACAGCUGUUCUGUGCAGUGCUAGCAACCUAGAUGAAAUUCCAAAAGAUAUUCCCAAGGACACCAUGUUUUUGAAGCUGGAUGCCAAUAAGAUCACCUCUGUCCCUAAUAGCACAUUCAGGCACCUCGCCCACUUGCAGGAGAUAGACCUCUCCAAAAAUGCCAUUGAGAAGAUUGAUUCUGCCGCGUUCAAAGGGGUUGCCGAUGGCCUGCGGCUGCUUGACCUCUCUGGCAACCACAUACAGAGGAUCCCAAAGGAAGCCCUGGUCAACUUGAAUGCCAUGAUCCGCCUGUCCAAUAACCCCUGGCACUGUGAAUGUACUUUGCAGGAAGUCUUGUGGGAAGUGAAACUAGACCCCGAUUCAGUCAACGAGAUCACCUGCCAGACAUCUGUGCAAGAGGAGUAUGCUGGGAAACCUCUGCUCCAUAUCCUUGAUUCGGGCAUCAACUUUUGCAACAUGCACCAGAAAACCACAGAUGUCGCCAUGUUUGUUACCAUGUUCAGCUGGUUUACUUUAGUCAUCAGCUAUGUGGUGUACUAUGUUCGACACAACCAAGAGGACACGAAGAAGCACCUGGAAUAUCUGAAAUCCCUGCCUAGCACAAGGGUCCCUAAAGAGACCAUCAGCACUAUCCUGUAGCCAGGAAUGUGGAUCCUUGGCUGGACUUCCAGUUUUCUAUGUGGGAAAGAAUGUUGGGAGGGACUUGGGACAUUUAUGUCCAACUAGUUCUGCAACAACUUUUUUUUUAAACAAAAACCAACCAACAGUUUAAUAGAAAAUGAAAACUUGUUGUUAUAUAAAUAUAGGAAGAAUGUCCAAGCCAAGGUUCCCAUGUUCUGUUCCGUAUUACCAGCAGAAGGAUUCCAGCAGAAACUAGAGAUGAGAUCUGCUUUCUAGAAGAACUUUAGGACAAUGGACGGUUGAUGUGAGAUGUUUACAAUCAGGAUUUCAUUCUGUGGGAGAGACCCCAAAGCCCUGCAGUGUCUAGAACUUGGUGGCUCCGAAAAUGCUUUUGAUUUCAAUGGAAAGUAUGUACAUGGUUGACCUCUACUUGAUUCUUUGGGACACUGCAAACACACUCUCUCAGGAGUUUUUGGAACCACACAAAGUCCUUUCUCUCAAAUCGGUAAAUUGUGCUAGCAUGCACACGCAUAGAUUCAUGUACAUGAGCAGGAAUUAUGUUUGAUGUAAGUGUGCUUGUGUUGCAAAGCUGAAGAGGGUAUGUACUUCCUUUGAGCUUACGUAUUACAUGGCAUUUGGAGUCUGCACCUCUUCACUCUCUGUUAGGUUACUAACCUAUUUUCAUGGUGACCACUAUUAAGGUGAGCAUUGAAAAUAAUCAGAGGGGACAAUUUUAAGCAUAUAUUAUGUAACGAACGAGCCUGAGCAGACUUCUUCCACAGAAAGGAAGGAAGGAAGCAUGUGACUGAAAAUGCCUAUUUCUAAAUAUGCCUCUUUCUCAUAUCGCAAACCCACCCCCCUUCCUCAAGGAUGGUCCUAAGAUGUAGCUGGUGCUGGAAUUUAGGAAGGCGGAAAAGUGGGGUAUGGAUUAUAUGUAAACUAAACAAAAAUUAGGGGGCACAUGGCAGUGGCAAGUUGCUACACUCAACAUGUCUUUCCAGCUGACAAAAAUUCCUAGGCAACGCAGCUCAUUUGCUGAAACAAUAAACAGUAAGGAAAUAAAAUUUCAAGUGGUUCCUCAAACUGUUUAAAUAAUCUCAGCUGCUGCAGUAUUCAAAGCUCCAGUAUCUUUUUUAGAAAAAUGGGUAUAGCUACAUGCAUGUUUGUUGAUACUCUGUUUCUACAGUACACACAAUCCAAUUUAAUAGUACUCUGGCAAUUAACAGCCAAAAUAAAAAAGAGGGAUAACACAAUGCCAAAAGAACAGGAUCUCAGGGCCUUUUUCAGAUGAUCCCUUUAUGCACAUUUGCUAUUCAGCUGUUGUGUGGGAUGCCCAUGUCUUUCCUCAAGGUUGGGUUGCAGGGAUAUCUCUCAGCCCAAUACUCAGAACUGCUGUAUUACAUUACUGGCGGAACACAAGUCAUCCUUCUACACACAUUGCUACUGGGAUGUCUUUGUAGUAUGCAGUUAUGUAUCACAGACAACUUGUGCCUAUGACAUCACUCAUGAUGCAUUACACAAAUGCCUGUUUUGUGAACUUUAUAUUGGGUGACUGUGCGCUCUUCAGGUUGCAUUGCCACCAUAGUGGAGUGCUCAUCCUGUGCUACUUUAAAAGGGAAUGUUUGGACUUCUUCACACAUUGCUUU